GAUCCUAACUUCCCUCACCAGUCACCACUCCUUUUAUUUUUUUAAAAACACCUUCUUCUCCCUCCUCAUUUAAUUCCCAUCUGACCAUCUAUUUAACAUCAAUCUGCAACAUUAAUAACCCCUUCCUACUUUCAUAUUCAUAUUCAUAUUCAAAAUCAACAUCAUAUUCUUCUACUUUUCAAACUUGUAAUUCAAAAACCAUCAAGAAUGGUAAGAAAGCUCCCAUUUUUUCCUACUUGUGGCAGCCCUAGUAGAACCCUCUCUUUCCGUGCCGCCAUCUCCGACGACCUUCACGACAUGGCUGCCAUCUCCGGCGAGGAAGAAGAUCAGCUGUCAUCGAUAGAGUCUGUGAUUCGAGGGUUAAGUUCAGAUAGGUUCUUUUUCAAGCCGGAGAAAACAAGCUCCAUUCUAGAAGAAGCAAAGCCAAAAGAAAAGGAAAAAGAAGAAGAAAAGGGAGAUGGUGUUUUGCCAUUGAAAGAAAGUAGUGUGUCAAUGAUGGAGAUUGAGUCAAGUGAUCCAUUUAUUGACUUCAAGAAGUCAAUGCAAGAAAUGGUGGAAGCUGAUGAAGGGUUAAAAGAGUGGGAGAAUCUUCAAGAGCUUUUGAGUUGGUAUCUAGCAGUGAAUGAGAAGAUCAACCAUGGUUAUAUUAUUGGAGCUUUUGUUGACUUGGUGUUGGUCAAUCUAGGUUCAUCCUCAUCAUCAUCAUCAUCAUGUUGUUCAUCGUCGUCAAUGAACGGUCAGGAUCAAUCUUCAUUAAUAAUGGGAUCUGGUAGUAAUAAUAAGAAUAUGAUUAGUAGUGAAUCCCCAGAAUCUGCUCUUUCAUUCACAUCAUCAUCAGCAUCUUCUUCCGGGACUUGUUCAAGUACCAGCCAUUGUUUGUCAUCUUGUUCAUUGGAAGAAGAAGAUGACGAUGACGAUGACCAUGGAGAUGAUGAAGAUCAUAGCAGUGCCCAGAAAGCAGUAGUACUCUCAGAUGAUGCUUCUUCAUCAAAAGCUGAUUAAUUUCUAUUUAUGGAAAGAUGUAUAUCCACUAAUUUUAGUAAUGAUAGUGAGAUUUAUCUCUAACUUUCACC